AUGGACACAUUGCUAAAAUAAGACAACCUAACCUUAGAAGCCAUUUUGAAUGAGGAAGACAUAUUAUCUGAGUUGAAAAAUUAGAGUUCAAGCAAAUUUGCUGAUUUCAUUGUUUAGCAUCCAAAUGAAUACUCUAAAAUGAUUUAUUACAUCACCAAUGAUGUUACUGAUCGAGAGUAAGAUAGGAAUACAUGCAUAAAAUAUCCCUUUUUGAUAAGCGAAGUAUUGGGUUCUGAAAAUGAGAAAUUGAUUAAUUUCCUAUUUGAAAAAUAAGGAGACAUCUCCCAAGAGGAAAUACAAAAUCCUCUUGAAGAUUAACCAACAGAAAGUUAACCUUAAGAAUUCCAAAAUGACAACGAAAAUUUAAGAUAGAAGCUUUUACCUGACCUUCUUUCUAUAUUGGAACAUGAUAGUCUCUUAAUUACAUCAGCAGGAUAUUUUACGAAGAUUAUUUCAGCCAUAAUUCAUAAAAGAGGAUAUGAUUUUUGGGAAUAUUUAAAAAGCAAUCCAGAAAUAAUUUCAAAUUUAUUUAAGCAUGCAAACAUUAGGCAUAUUACAGAAAUAUUUGAAAAGUUGAUCAUUUUAGAUACAUGUUAAGAAGAGCAUGAUGAGAGGUUGUUUAUACAAGAGAGACAACUUUUAAUAGCUAGAUUACUCAAAUACCUUAAAGGAUAAUCACAUUAAAACUCAAUAAUUACAAAUAUAUGUGAAUCACUCAUUGAAGUUUAUAAAAGAGCAUUGAUGUCUCUUGAUACUAUGGAAGUUUUGAGAGAAAUCUUAUUAACCAUUGAAAAACCAGCGUUCUUUAUGAGUUUAGCUUUCGAUACUUAAAAUAGUUCUUUGUAUAAUUUACUCAAUGUUCAAUAUGAGUUUUAUACCAAAAUGUCAUAGCUUGAAGAAAAACACUACGAUAUUUAAUUCUCUACUCUUUAUAGUCCAGUAAUUGAUGAAUCAAUAAAGGCUCUAAUUCAAUAGGAUAUAUUGAGAGCAUCCUUUUAAACAACCUAUGGAGCAACAGUUAAACCACUAGGCGAUUCAAAAUUAUCUUUAAUAUAAUUAAUUGUGUAGUUAAUCUAGAAAUAAGAAUUGGCAAUCAUAUUUUAAUAAGGACAAAUAUUUCAAUAAGUAAUUAAUUUAGUGCUUGACUAUUCGACUAAUAAUUAAUUGCAUAUUUUAUUUGAAAAAAUGAUAGUAGCAAUUAUAAAUUCCAAACAGCCUCAUUUGCAUGAACUCCUUUUCCAAACUAAUUUUUUGAAUUUCCUCAUAAUAAAUAACGGCUUAGAGGAAAGGAAAAAAAAGCAUGGAUAUCAAGGUAUACUAACUAAAAUAACUAAUUAUAUUAAUUCUCCUAAUGUCCUUGAAUAAUAUUUAGUAGUCUAAACCGCAAUCGCCAAUAUUCAAAAUGAUUGGUAGAAAUAUAUUGAAGAAUUAAAAGUAGUUAAUUAAAUUGAAUAAGCAUGGUUACUGGGUAUAAAUCCAAAAUUCAGAGAAUAAGUUAAUGUAGAUUCGUUUAGUCCUCCUCUUUUAUGGCCUGAACCUUUAGGCUCUGGCUAAUAUCAAACCACUAAUAACCAAACUGCUGAAACUAGUGAAAAUAGUGAAACCCAACAAGACUCCUAAGAAGAAAAUUCAAAUCAUAAUUAAUACCAAGAUAGUAAUGAAUAUAAUCAACCAGCAGAUUAAUUCGAUUCAGAAGAAGCCUAAAUUGAUAAUGAAAAGGAAGCACCUUUAGAAGUUGUUCAAGUGAGGGAAGAAAAUUUAGAAUAAUUAGAAGAAUAAUAAAUUUAAAAGCAUGAACAAUAAAUUUUAGAUUCACCAGUAUAUGUUACAGAUGUUUAGCUUUAAUUUUAAUACGAGAAUAUUCCUGAAUAAACUAAAGAAGUUUCAGAAUAAUAACCAAAUUUGAUAUAAGAAGAAUAACCAUAAGAAAUGGCAUAACAUAAAGAAGAAUCUAAUUAAGAAUAACAACAAUAAAGUAAAGAUUAAAUUUAAGAAGAAUAGAAUUUACAUCAAGAAUAACAAAAGCAAGAAGAAUAAUAACCAUAAAAGGAUGAAUAAUUACCAAUGCUAGAAGAAUAAUAACCAAAGCAAGAAGAAUAAUAACCAAAGCAAGAAGAAUUAUAACCAUAACAGGAUGAAUAAUAACCAUAACAGGAAAAAUAAUUACCAUAAAAGGAUGAAUAAUUACCAUAAAAGGAUGAUUUAUAACCAUAAAAGGAUGAAUAAUAACCAUAAGAGGAAAAAUAAUUACCAUAACAGGAUGAAUAAAAACUAUAAGUGGAAUAGUAAUUACCCUAGACAGAAGAUCAUGAGAAUAAAGAAUAAAUUGAGCAACCAAAAUAACCCUAAGAGGAAGCUUGA